CCGGGAGGUGGGGUGGGCUGAAGCCGGCGCAGCAGCCCCCGCUCCGGGCGGGGUGGAAAGCAGAGGAGGCGGCGCGCAGCGCAGCAGGACGCCGAGCCAGAGCUCCGGAGCGGCGGCGCCUCGAUCCCGUCUCCUCCUCGCCUCUUCCCAGGCGGAAGUGCCUCUGAGUCUGCCCCGGGGCUGCCGGGGCUGCUGCUUCUCUCCUCCCCGCGGGGUCGCCCGAGGACCCCCGCAGCCCCCUCCCCACCACCCCGGACUUCCUUGUGGCCGCCGGCCCCCGGCGCAGCUCUGCCGUUCCGGGCAGAUCGGGGCAUCCCCCGCCUGGAAGCCGGCGCCCGGGUUUUUCCUGUGGCUUUGCGGCGAGCUUUCACGGGCAGGCAGUUUAUUUAUGGCCCGCUCGGCGGCCGAGCGCAUUGUUCGUGCCUCGCCUUCAGGACUUUCCUCUCCGGCUCCUGCGACGCUGAUUUGUUUCGACUUGGCCUGGUUUCGGAGCGGAUGGAAACGCAUCCAGGCAGCGACAAUCACAAAAGAGACCUUUUGAUUCCAAGGGGUUGCUAUUAUUAUUAUUAUUAUUAUUAUUAUUAUUAUUUAAGCCGCUCAACCGGUGGAUCUGAGUAAGGGGGGAAAAAAACUUGCAUCACUAAGAACUCUUGAGGGGAUCGGUUGUGUUGUGUGUAGGAGAAUCACAGUUGUGUGUGUGUCAGAAACUUCACACUGUUUUUUUCCUUUUUCCUUUCUAAGUUUUAGAUCCUGGAAAGGAGCACACUUUCCUUCUGGCGUCUAUUUUGCUUUCUGCUGCAGAAGUUCACAUGAACUUUGUCUGCGCCCUGUUGAGAAGGAGGGGCAGUGUGUGUUUGUGUUGUUAUUCAGCCUAAGGCGUGACCCAUUCAGCUCUGGAUUGAUUUGCGGCUUUUUAUUUUUCCUCCACCCCUCUGGAGGAUUGCGGGUUUCCAACCGGGCCUAGAAGGGAUUACGAAAACUUGCAAACAUAUUUUUGAUAUGGAAUAACCAGGAGCUUUCUUUCGUCCUUCCUAAAAGGGAUUUUUUUUAAAAAAAGCACUGUGAUUAUGUUUUGCACUGGAUUUAUUUUUACACGAAGAUGACUCAAAUGCUUUAACUUUUUUGAAUAUAUCUUUUGGAAAAAGAACAUUCUUCAAAGAAUUCUUGAAUGUUUUGCAUCUCAUAGACGUGGCUCAUCUUUACAUCUGAUUUCAGUGUAAAGAAGGCAGAUGGUUCAGGAAUAACUAGUCUCCAAGAUAAACAUCUACACCGAGAUGACAGUUUUCUGGUUAUCUGUGCGUCUGACCGAAGCCUAUAUAACCUAAAACGAGGGGUCAAAAAUGUUGUUUGGUUUGCCCCGAGCAUGCUGUUCUCAACUAAUGCCUGCAGACUGCAACGCACCUUGGAAUGUAUAAACCUCAGCACGAAUUCUGAAGCAAGAGUUACAUUAUAUUGUUCCUCUUAGGGAAAGUCUGUAAAAUUCCCCCUUUCCCCCCCACGGAACUGCUACCACUCUUAAGGCUGUUUGCUGGUGGUGACUUAAGUAACUGAGCUCUCACAGAGGGGGGAGGGUGUUCUGUGCUGGCCGUGGGGUUGUGUUACGGCCAGCAGCCAUGGCAAUGAAAGCCAGAGCCCUGUAUAACUUCCAGAGUGAAAACAAGGAGGAAAUCAGCAUCCAGGAGAACGAGGAGCUGGUGAUCUUCAGCGAAAACACUCUGGACGGCUGGCUGCAGGGGACCAACAGCCGGGGGGAGACGGGCCUCUUUCCUGCUUCCUACGUGGAGAUCCUCCGCGCCCGCUCAGCCUCAAGUUAUACGGACUAUUCCAGCAGCCCCGCUGGCUCCCCUGGAAACGGCUCCUCGUUCUAUGUCCCCCCUUCCAACACCAGCGUCUCCCACCAGGGCAGCUUCGAAGACGACGACGACGACGACUGGGACGACUGGGAUGAUGGCUGCACGGUGGUGGAAGAGCCCAGAAGCAGGCCAGGCACCAACGGGCAUCCUUCGCCCAACCUGCCGUAUCCUGGGCCGUACGCGCAUCCGAACAACAUGGCCUACCGGCCCAAGCCGUCCUUGGAGAGGCAGGACAGUAUCGGCUCCUCCAAAAGGGGGAGCGUCGUGGGGCGGAACCUCAAUCGCUUCUCCUGCUUCGUCCGGUCCGGGGUGGAGGCCUUCAUCCUGGGAGAUGUGCCGAUGAUGUCCAAGAUUGCGGAGGCCUACUACAUUGACAUGGGCCCCAAGGGCCCCCAGUGGAGGCCCAGUCCACACCCGUUGAUCUGCUCGGUGGAAGACCCCACCAAACAGACCAAGUUCAAAGGCAUCAAGAGCUACAUCUCGUACAGGCUGACGCCCAGCAACAGCAACUCCCCGGUCUACCGGCGGUACAAGCACUUUGACUGGCUGUACAACCGCCUGCUGCAUAAGUUCACGGUCAUCUCCGUGCCGCACCUGCCCGAGAAGCAGGCGACGGGGCGCUUUGAGGAGGACUUCAUUGAGAAGCGGAAGCGGAGGCUGAUCUUGUGGAUGGACCACAUGACCAGCCACCCGACGCUCUCCCAGUACGAGGGUUUCCAGCACUUCCUCAACUGCCACGAUGACAAGCAGUGGAAGAUGGGCAAGCGUCGGGCCGAGAAGGACGAGAUGGUGGGGGCCAGCUUCCUGCUGACUCUCCAGAUCCCGACGGAGCACCAGGACCUGCAGGAUGUGGAGGACCGGGUGGACACCUUCAAGGCCUUCAGCAAGAAGAUGGACGACAGCGUCCUGCAGCUGACCAACGUGGCUUCCGAGCUGGUACGCAAACACAUCGGGGGCUUCCGCAAGGAGUUCCAGAAGCUGGGCAAUGCGUUCCAGGCCAUCAGCCAUUCCUUCCAGAUGGACCCGCCCUACAGUUUUGAUGCGCUCAACGGGGCCAUCUCGCACACAGGCAAGACCUACGAGACGGUUGGGGAAAUGUUUGCCGAGCAACCCAAGAAUGACCUUUUCCUCAUGCUGGACACUCUUUCCUUGUACCAAGGGCUGCUCUCCAACUUUCCAGACAUCAUUCAUCUCCAGAAAGGUGCAUUUGCCAAGGUGAAGGAAAGCCAGCGGAUGAGCGACGAAGGGAAAAUGGACCAGGAUGAGGCCGAUGGAAUCCGGAAACGAUGCCGGGUGGUCGGUUUUGCCCUGCAGGCAGAAAUGAAUCACUUCCAUGAGAGACGCAUAUCGGACUUCAAGAAGAUGAUGCAGUCUUACCUCAAGCAGCAGAUCAUCUUCUACCAGAGAGUCAGCCAGCAGCUGGAGAAGACCUUGAGGAUGUAUGACAACCUCUAGUACCUUCUGCACCGGACAUUCCCGCUGUCCAGCUCCUCUUUUGAACUGGGCUGGCUCUGAAGCCACGCUUCCUGUCCCUCCACCGCGAUGAUGAGCUGGGACUGAGUUUCCUCCCGCUCUGUACCUGGAAGUUAGCCAGAGAGGAGUGCCUCUGAGCAUGUGCAGAAGUCCUAUUGAAUAGCCUGGCUUGUACUUCUGGGUGGAACUUCAGAGUCAGGGUACCUAGUUUCCAGGCAGGUUAUGAUUGACUCCCAGCAUCUCUUCCUGCACAAAGAUUAAACACGGAGCAAAAGGGAAGAUGAUAGCACUCUUGACCAAACUCCAUGCUUAAACCUUUCCAUUUUGUCCAGACCAAUACAUGGAACUCAAGUGAGUAAUUGUUCUGUAUUCUAGUGAAAAUCUUCUUCCUCAAGACAAGCCUAAGCAACAUGGCUUAUGGAAAACAUACUUUCAUAGGAAAAAUGGGAACAGGUGGUCUCAUUUGGGUUUCCCCUUCUCAGGGUCAGUCUUCUAGAAUUAUGUCAUCCUGAUCAUACGAGGAGAACAGACUUGCCCCUGCCUCAGAAUAAAAUAAGGCUUGCCCCUUGGUUUACCCAACGGAAGUGCAGUGUAGAUAGCUUGUGAUGGCAUACAAAGAAUGAGGGUAGGGUGUUUGAAAUUUUUUUCGGUGCACAGAAGUGGUCUUUGUAGCGAAAUCACAAAACACAAACGAAGAAAGGCACACACACGCCUUGGAAAAAUUGUUUUUAAAUUGCGCGGAUUUAUUUUGUAUUCAGAAAAAUCAGAAUGAUGCUUGGAAUACAGCGGUAUGUUUUGCUUA